AUGAAGGCGGAACCAAAAAAGAAGGAUGCAUGGGAUGUUUCGUCCACAGAGUCGUCAGAUGUCGACGAGCUAUCUCCUGUCAAGGCGCGAUCUCCACCACGGUUUGCGAAAAAGGUGAAAGCACCGACGUUUCAAGAGCCAAAGGUGGAGCUCGCACCUUGGGAGAAGAGGAGGACGACCGCGACGAAGGAGGUAAGCGAAGUUGACUCUACCAAUACAAACAACGACGGAAUGAGAUUAGACGUGAAAGAUUCCAAGACGAGUGAAAGCGGCAUUGCACUGCUCGCGAAUCCGACGUCUGCUACGAGAAAGUUAUUCGAGAGGAAAGUGGAGAGCAUACCCAGUGACACUCCCAGUCCGCGGGUGAUGAGCGCGGCAGAGAGAUUGAAAGCGAGGAGACUACAGUCAGGUUCAGGUGGACAGCCAAGCAGAAUUGAAGAUGUGAAACCGGCACCACGAUUGCAGAAGCGAGCAGGACCGGACAAUGGAAGAUCAGCAAGCCCUCGAAAGCGAACCAGAUCCGACAAGCAGAAUGUUGAUGUGCAGGACACGGUCAUGGCAGAUGUCAUGGAAGCUCCUGAUUGCAGUACACCCGAACCAGGUGAGAGGGAGGACAAGCCGGCGAAACAGGACGACUUUGACUUUCCCGACUCAAGCGCCGAUGAAGCAACAAAGAACAAGCCGAUCUUCUCAAAUCGAAUACAGCCUCAUCAAAAUAAGCGACGCGGAAGAUUGACGGCGUAUUCAUCACCUCGGAAAAUGGAAUCUGCGCCUGCUCGACUGAGUGAGAUGCUUCCCACAGAUACCGACACGACCGACACAGCGCAGUCACCGCCCGAGGUGAUAAGUAGGCCUGCCACUCCUCAAAAGAUUGUCGAUGCUGGUUCAACCUCGUCUCCGAAGACAGCGUUCAAGGCGAGUGCUGGAACGUCACCCAAGCAGGCCCAAGCGUGGAAUCGACUAUUGCCGAGUGACACAGCAGUGGCAUCAUCACCCAGCGUAUUACCCAUGAAGGACCUGAACAUUGGUAGCACGAGGAGAUCAUCGAAGCCAAUCAGUGCGGCCUCUCGAAUGAUGCCAAAGUCAAGCUCGGACGUGGGUCGUCAACAACCAAGAUUGGUCGAUCGAUUGAAAGCGUCAGCAAGAAGUAGCUCGAGCGAGGAAUCUUCAGAUGAAUCCGAGGAUGAUGAGCAGUCAGAUGUCGAAAUGGCAGAUGGAAAAUCCGAGCAAGUCUCUCAAUCUCAAACUCAGGUGGCGACUCAGAAUACCGGACCGAAGAUAACAUAUGCGCGGGUGCGAUCCUACUUACCUGAGGAUAGUUUUGAAGACGGCUUGAUGAUGGAGAUGCCUUCUCAGACGCCGCAACGUCCAUCGGCGCCAGAGCGACGAAUAUCUGGGAAGGCGGCCGCAAAUUCACAAAACUCAGCAUUCGAUCUGGAAGACAGCGAGGACGAAGGCGCAUCAGGACGACUGCGUACGAUCCAUGAGUUGCGAGCCGGCGGCGGGCACCAGCGUUUCAUGGAUGACAUUGGUAGCUUGAUGGACGACAUUGCCGACCACAACCAUUCUGCUCGCGGCAGGAGGAGAUCUGCCAUGGUCGAGAUUGCGACGAAGCUUGUGGAGAAAGGCGUGGUGGAGAGAUUUUUUCGCCAGGGCUUUGAACAGCGACUUCUGGCUGAAUGCGGGACUGCCCCUGAUGAUGUGGCGGAUUAUGCUUUGGCGACGAGCUUUGCUGUGAUGCUUGCGGGUGCAUCUCCCGAGCAUGCUUCGCAGACGUUCCGGGAUGGUGGAGUCUUGCCUUGGCUUGUGCGGCUGUUGGAUGGACGGACUGAUCCGAGAAAGCUGGCUCGGGAGCGGAGGAACAACAUGUCCAAGGCGGUCAUAGCAACCUUCUCGGACUUCGUCACCAACUUGGCCAAAAACGAACUUCUGUGGGCAGAUGAUCGACCAACUCUGGUCAGCAGCCGCACCAUUGCCUUGAAAGCUCUCGACUUGCUGAUCGGCAAAUUCCGCCGCGCGGGCGAUAGAUCAGAGAUUCUGUCCUCUCACGAUCUCGAAGAAGUCGUCUUCUCCCAAGCCGAGCUGGAUACACUCUUCGCAGCCACGCCACGGACCGAUCUCCUCCUGUCCGUCUCCAUCCUCGAAUCCCUGUCAACCAGCACCAUUUCUCUCUCCUGGCCCUCCUCCGUCGUCACCCGCCUCAUCGCACUCCUCUCCAUCCCACAACUUACCGACUUCACUCCGCAACGCCAACACCUCUCCUUCCUCACCCUCCGCCUAUGUCUAAACCUCACAAACGACAACGCCCGCAACGUCCGCCUCUUCUCCUCCGACCCAGCGACCACCCACGCACUCCUCACCUCCAUCUCCACGGGCUUCACUCACCUGGCUGCCACCGCUCCUCUGCCACCUUCCUCCCCAAGCUUGACCUUUUCCUCCGACAUCGACCUCACCGCCACUUCCAUCCCUGACCCAACGCCGGAAGCGAACCUCCCGUUGGACUUGCUGGUACUAGCAAUGGGCAUAGCAAUCAACCUCACCACCACCUCCACCCCCGCCCGACUCCACUCCUUACGACCCGAGUCCCGCCCCCUCCUCAACGACCUCGUCGCCACCUUCCGCCGCAACCACGCCGCUACCAACAAUGCCUCCUCUCUCGCGAGCGGCUUCUCAAACGUAGCAUUCGGAUACCUCUCCGUGGUCCUCGCGAAUUUCUGUCUCGACACUCACGUCCGUGCGGUGGUUGCGGGAGGUCUGAAAGGAGGAAAACUAGGCGGACUAGUCGAUGCGGUGGAGGAAUUUGUGAGGUAUCAUCAACGGGUCGAUGGGAUGAGUGCUUUGACGCACGGGGUUGGUGAUGAUGAGGAAGGGGGAGGAGUGGGCGAUGUUUGGGGGGUGUUUACGGAGAGGUUGAGGGGUGUUGCGGAGGGGUUGAGGAGGGGGGCGGAGGGGGAUGGGAUGCUUUGA